AUGGGGACUUCAUCCUUUCCCAGCAGCAGCAGCCGGGACCAACGUAAAUUGCUCUACCAGAAGUACGGCUAUGACAUCAACAAGAUUAUACGAACUCAUGAAAAAUUGGAAACGACAAUCACUAGAGCCAAAAAUAAUAAUAAUAAUGAUGAUGAUGAUGAUGAUGAUGAUGCAUACAACAUCAUCAACGAAAAGUCAGACAAACUAGAUUUCCAACUGUUGCUAAGCCAGGAACCAAUGGAUCAUGCAACGGGAAGGAGACGAAGAAAGAAGAGGAAGGAACAAGGAUUUCGAAACUUUACCAAAGUAUCUCGAUCGUUUCGGCAUCAAGAGGAUUUCCCCAGCCGGGACCUCAAAUCAACAUGGUUAUUGAAAACGUUGCUCAAGUAUCUCAAAUACAGAUCUCGGCGUCUUGACCCAUACAUCACCAAAUGGUUCACAUCCAACCCCGAUUCCUCGUCAUCAUCCACAGAAAAGAACACUUUCCUACUACGUAUUGUCGAUUUUGGCGAACUGGCACCAAAUGGAGACGUGACUGCCAUAUUGGGUGACUCUACACACAAGAUAUGUGCUGUGUUUCCCGCCAAAACCAUAUUUGACCAUAUAGCACAACACGGGGGCUUACCAUUCCAUAAUAAUGCAUACUCCAUUAACAACUACAUCUCCAUUUCCAAGGCCAAUUGCAGAUUCCUGUCACUCGAAUUUAUCAAGACCCAUUUUGGAACCAAGUUGAACUACAUUGAUUCUAAAAUCCGAUACUGUGUCUUGCAAGUGUUGCAAUUCAAGUUUAUGUAUAGUGUCGAGUACUUGAUGGCUUCGCGAAUCGAUGGUGCCCCGCCUUUGGAACAGGUUGUCAAUGAUAAUGGAUCUCAGUAUGUAGUUUACGACUAUGAGGAUUUUGACUUGAAUGUGGCUGGUGGGGGUGGGAAAGAUGCACUUCCUAAAUUUGAUAAAUCGGAGUUGAAGCUGGUUUACAAUAAUGAAUUUUAUCAGAAAUUAUGCUACUUGGCGCUGCUGGAAAGGUGA